UAUUAAACUGAUAGGAUAAGAUAUAAAAUAAUUUAAGAUUGCUCAUGUAUGUUUUAAAGUUAAUUUGCUCAAGCAUUUGUGAAAAUUUACAGUUCCAGUUGAGGUUUUAAAUUUAGUCGUUUGUAGGUAUUUUAAGUUUUGCCUCUGAAUUCCUUAUAAGUGCUGCUAAGCCUUUGAUAAGUUUUACUCCAUGAAAGAAUAUUACUGAAAAAAACUUAAUCUCAAUAAAAGAACUUUAAUAAGCUUGACUAAAUAUUUAGAAAGCACAUUGUGUUCAGUGAAACUUUGUACAUAAUGAAUAGAAUAAUAAAAGAUUAUAUUGGCUGACUAGUCUGUAAUUGCCUCGAGGAAAGCAUACAAUGAAUAAGUUAUUUUGGUUACUUCCUCAAAAUAGCCAACCCAAUAGGGAAAUGGAGAAAAUGUACUCUGAACACCAUGAAAAGGGAACCUGAAAAUCUAAUGUGUAAACUUGCAGAAAUGACAUUAGAAAACAAAACCAACAAAAGAGAACACUCUCCAAAAUAAUCUGAGAUGCACAAAAGGCAAACAUUCAUUCACUAGAGUUGGAAUUUCCCUAAGUCUAUGCUGAGAUAAGUAGCAUAUUUGACCUUCACCAUGAUUAUCAAGCACUUCUUUGAAAUUGUGUUGGUGCUGCUGGCCUCUACCACUGUCUUCUCUCUAGAUUUGAAACUGAUUCUCUUCCAGCAAAAAAGAGUGAAUCAAGAAAGUUUAAAACUCUUGAAUAAGUUGCAAACCUCAUCAAUUCACCUGUGUCUACCACACAGGAAAAACUUUCUGCUUCCUCAGAAGUCUUUGAGUCCUCAGCAGUACCAAAAAGGACAUACUCUGGCCAUUCUCCAUGAGAUGCUUCAGCAGAUCUUCAGCCUCUUCAGGGCAAAUAUUUCUCUGGAUGGUUGGGAGGAAAAUCACAUGGAGAAAUUCCUAAUUCAACUUCAUCAACAGCUAGAAUACCUAGAAGCACUCAUGGGACUGGAAGCAGAGAAGCUAAGUGGUACUUUGGGUAGUGAUAACCUUAGAUUACAAGUUAAAAUGUACUUCCGAAGGAUCCAUGAUUACCUGGAAAACCAGGACUACAGCAGCUGUGCCUGGGCCAUUGUCCAAGUAGAAAUCAACCGAUGUCUUUUCUUUGUGUUCAGUCUCAUAGAAAAGCUGAGAAAACAAGGAACAGACCCUUGAACGACAUGAAACAAGAGCUUACUACAGAGUUGUAGAAGCCCAAGGUAGGUGGAGGAACUAGAGGACUUCUCCAAACAUGAUUAUUUCUGUUCUUCAUAGAAUAGUAAUACAAUUUAUAGUACAAUCACACUGUUUUGAUUUUGUAUAUAUAUAUUUAUCUGUGUUUUAAGAUUGUGCAUAUUGACCACAAUUGUUUUUAUUUUGUAAUGUGGCUUUAUAUAUUCUAUCCAUUUUAAAUUGUUUAUAAGUCAAAAUAAAUUCAUUGAUAUGGUUGAUUCUUCAAA